GGUGGUGGUGGUGGUGGUGGUGGUGGUGGUGGUGGUGGUGGUGGUGGUGGUGGUGGUGGUGGUGUGAUUGUCGACAGACGCACCAAGCGAACUUGCGAUGUCGGCGGCUUCGUGCUCUUGUACAAGCAGAAAUUAGCCCUGCCCAAUCAACUUCGUGCGGCCUGUGCAACCCGCGCACACCAAUCCAGGCUCCUCAAAAGGACAUCCGGCAGCGUAGUGCCAAUCCGCAACCUGGUGCUGCAACCGCCCAAACCCGGUUUGAGGGAGAAACCGGGUGUGCUUCCAUCGAUCGUCAGAACUGCGUCGGUGAAGGCCAAGAGGCCACAUCUUGGUACGCGCAACGACUGUUCAUCAGCUGCCCACUUCCUCCACGCUAGUGGCACCUCCAACAACAACAGCAGCAGGGACUACCGCACCGACGAGGAGAAUCGGAUGCCAACGCCGUCUGAUAAUCACCGCUUGAAUCGUCAGCCUGCCACGCCGAAAGCGACUUCUAGACGCAUCGCGACGCCCUCCAGAUCGCCUUUACAAGUGUCCAAGGCAUUGAAACCACCAAUUAGAACGCGAUCCUGUGGCGCGAAAUCCAGUCUCCAGGCUGUGCUUGAGUUACAGCAAAUGGCAAGGCCUUCCGGUGAGUUGGAUGUCUGCACUCUUUACAAGACCUUGAUGAUGUCGAUGAUGGGUAGUCUGCUGCCCCAGCAGCUGGAUUGUCCGUCCACCACCGCCAUCCCCAGCCCCACCAAUCAGCGCGCUCGCCGUGGUGCAAGAGCGCGCGUUUUGAUUUUCUUCACGCGCGCACGCACGCACGCACACUACCGUUUACGCGUGGUGCCAGUUUUGUUCGUGUGUGCGCAAGAGUCCUCAAGCUGCGGUUGGGGGGAGGAGGACCGUGGGGAUGGCAGCCCAAUUACCUCCCUUCCCUCGCCAAACCACGCACACCAACACACCUCUCUUGCUGAAGUCUACAAUUACGGAGGCAGUGAGGCAGCUCCUCGUGUAAAAAAAUUCUUGCGACAAAAUUUUGAAAUUUUUGCCUCCAAUGGGGCCAUUUGUAAAGAAAAGUGGUCUGAGGAUCAAGUCGACGAAAAUUGCCCCAAGUUUUGCACAGGCGCGGUUAUAUUCCUUAUCUCAGAAUGUCUGUCGCCUUUCGGAAAGAAAUUACUCAUUAUCGCUCUCAAGGGAUGGGUGGUGCCUGCCUGCCCGCCUGCCUGUUUUAUGGCCACAUUUUGCACUCUGAAAAGGGGUGGUGGUGGCGGUGGUGGUGGGUGGGGGGAGGGUGCUCGGAUAAUCGUUGCCCGCAGUGGCCUUUCACUUGUCGCCGCGCUGGUCGUUUGA